AUGAAGGCCCCCGUCUGCCCUCCCCACGCUCACUACGAGCUCUGCGGCGCCGCCUGCCCUCCCACCUGCCGUCCCCACGCCCUCCCCCAGGGCUGCACGUCAGCCCCCUGCACCGAGGGCUGCUUCUGCGACGUCGGCUUCAUCCUCAGCGGCUCCGAAUGCGUCCCAGCAUCCGACUGCGGCUGCGAACACCGCGGCCUCUACUACAAGAAAGGCUCCGAGUUCUACUCUUCGUGCCAGGAGUUCUGCGUUUGCAAAGCCGGAGGGGUGACGGAGUGCAGGCCGGCAUCUUGCGGCGCCCACGAGGAGUGCAGGGUGCAGGAUGGGGUGCUGGGGUGUCACCCCGCCGGCUACGGGCGCUUGGUGGUCUCAGGAGACCCCCACUACGUGACGUUUGAUGGUAGAGCCUUCGACCUGCGAGGUUCCUGCAGCUACGUGCUGGCUAAAGUCUGCAAACCUGAGCGUGGCUUGGCCAACUUCUCCGUGCUGCUGGAGCACGACGGAGGGGGACGGGGCAACGUGGCGCUGGUGAAGAAGGUGACAGUGAGCAUCUAUGGGCACACGGUCAGCAUGGAGCAAGGACGGCGCUGGGAGGCGACGGUGGACGGCGAGCGUUUCACAUUGCCGCUGGCGUUGGAGGACCAAAAGCUCCAAAUCGGGCAAGAGGGGACCAACCUCGUCCUGCAAACGGCCUCAGGCCUCCGCCUGCUCUACAACGCAGCCACGUAUCUGCUGGUCACCAUCCCCAAAGCUUACCAGGGUCGCGUGUGCGGUUUGGGGGGCAACUUUAACGGAGAUCCCGGUGACGAUUUCCUGCUCCCCGACGGAUCGGCGGCCGAGAGCACGGAGGAAUUCGUCGCCUCUUGGAAAACGCCUUCGGCCGACGGGGGUUGCAAGGAAGGUUGCGACGGGAAGCCGUGCCCUUCGUGCGACGCCGCUGCCGUUGCUCCGUACGGAAGCGGGGAUCAAUGCGGCCUCAUCCGCCACCCGACGGGGCCUUUUGGGUCGUGCCACCAUAGGGUGAACCCGGCUCAGUACUUCCAGCAUUGCAUCCAUGAUGUCUGCGCUGCUGGAGGGGCGAGGGAAGCUCUGUGCCACAGCCUGCAAGCUUACGCUGCUGCUUGCCAAGCUGCCGGCGCUCAGAUCGGAGGGUGGAGGACGGCGGCGUUCUGCCCCCUCUCCUGCCCACCCCACAGCCACUACCAGCUCUGCACCCGCACCUGUGACUUCACCUGUGCCAGCCUCUCCGUGCCAACGCCGUGCAGCUGGCCCUGCUUCGAGGGAUGCCAAUGCGACGACGGCUUCCUCUUCGAUGGCAGCUCCUGUGUGUCCCUGGAGAAGUGUGGCUGCGUCCACCAGGGGAGGUAUCUCAAGGCGGGUGAGACCAUCACCAUCAACAACUGCACCACAAAAUGCCACUGCCACCCAUCACAGGGCCUCACCUGCGAGGCCACCCGUUGUCCCCCACACCAGGUCUGCGUGGCUCGGGAAGGGACGCAGCGAUGCCUCAAGCAGGAGGGAAGAUGUCAGAUCUCUCCUGGAGCCUCCGUGACCACGUUUGAUGGGGUGGGAGGAAGGCUGCCCGACAGCGGCACCUACAAGAUGGCCGCCCUCUGCGACGAGAGGUCGCCCCACUGGUUCAAGGUGGUGGUGGAGGUCAGCGAGUGUCGGGACGAUGGGAUCCCAGCUGCCUCGGCUGUUUUUGUCUUCUUCCGUGAGGCUUUCAUCACCAUCAACAGCAACAUGGAGGUUUGGGUGAGCCGGAUCUGCCCCCAAAAGAUGGGGCGUGAGUUUAGGGUGCAAAAUUUGGGGGCAGGGGGGCUGUGGGGGGGUGGAUUUUCCUGUUCUCUUGUGCUCGCAAGGUCCUUUGGGUGCAGAAUUGGAGAUUUGGGGCAUAAAUCGCCCCUUCAGGAUGAGGAUAAAGGCAUUUUGAGAAGUUGAAGGUUCUCCUGCAGGAGCAGAGGUUGAAGGUCUGCUUUUGGGGUAGAGGUUGGACAGAGGUUGAAGGUCUGCUUUUGGGGUAGAGGUUGAAGGUUCUGCUUUUGGGGUAGAGGUUGGACAGAGGUUGAAGGUCUCCUUUUGGGGUAGAGGUUGAAGGUCUCCAUUUGGGGUAGAGGUUGAAGGUCUCCUUUAAGGGUAGAGAUUGAAGGUCUUUUGGGUAGAGGUUGAAGGUCUCCUUUUGGGACAAAGGUUGAAGGUUCUCCUUUUGGGGUAGAGGUUGAAGGUCUUUUGGGUAGAGGUUGAAGGUUUCCUUUUGGGGUAGAGGUUGGACAGAGGUUGAAGGUCUCCUUUUGGGGUAGAGGUUGAAGGUCUGCUUUUGGGGUUGAGAUUGAAGGUCUCCUUUUGGGGUAGAGGUUGAAGGUCUCCUUUUGGGGUAGAGGUUGGACAGAGGUUGAAGGUCUCCUUUUGGGGUAGAGGUUGAAGGUCUUUUGGGUAGAGGUUGAAGGUUUCCUUUUGAGACAAAGGUUGAAGGUCUCCUUUUGGGACAGUGGUUGAAGGUUCUCCUUUUGGG